CUCAUCACGUGGGCGGUGCUUCCGCUGUUUGCUUCCGGUUUGGGCGGGGGCCGCAGCUGAGGGCCGCCAUGAGCCUGCAGUGGACGGCGGUGGCCACGUUCCUGUACGCCGAGGUUUUCUUGGUGCUGCUGCUCUGCGUUCCCUUCGUGUCUCCGGCCAGAUGGCAAAAAAUUUUCCGUUCCCGCCUCGUGGGCUUGGCCGUGGCUUAUGGCAACACUUUCUUCAUCGUGCUCAUCAUCAUCCUCGUGCUGCUGCUCCUCGAUGCUCUGAGGGAGACCCGAAAAUACAACGUGGGGGAUAAGGAGGCUCUGAGCAGCACCCCGGCCGCCCUGGAGCAUUUCCACAUGAAACUCUUCCGGGCUCAGAGGAAUCUCUACCUGGCUGGGUUCUCCCUGCUGCUCUCCUUCCUCCUGAGGCGCUUGGUGACGUUGAUCUCGGCCCAGGCCGCGCUCGGAGCCUCCAGCCAGGCCUUCCGCAAGCAGGCCGAGGGCGCCAGCCAGGCCGCACGGCAGUACCUGGAGGACAACGACGCCCUCAGAAAGCAGCUGCAGGAGUCUGGGGGGGCCCCGUCCCCAAACCGGGACGAGAACGAGAAGCUCAAGGCCAAGGUGGAGUCACUGAAGGAGGAGCUGGAGCUCAGCAAGAAGGCUCUGGAGAAGGCUGAGAACGAGCUGAAGGCCAUGAGGAGCCAGGCCCAGGGCCUGACCCGCGAGUACGAUCGGCUGCUGGAGGAGCACGCCCGGCUCCAGGCCGCUCACGACAAACCACGGGACAAGAAGGAGGAGUGAGAGGGGGCGGGGCCACACCAGACCACGCCCACAACGGUUUAAACCCCGCCCCUCAUGUCAGGCCACGCCCACAAGCCUUUCCAAGCUCCGCCCAUCGGACCAGACCACGCCCACAACGGUUCCAAACUCCGCCCAUUGGACCAGGCCACGCCUCCUGACCAAAGCUCCGCCCCUAUUUCCUUUUAUGGGCGCCCCAUUCCCUUCCUUUUUUUGGGGUCCAAAUCUCAUUUUUGGGGGUCCAAGCCUCGUUUUGGGGAGGCUGAACCCCUCCCCCACUCUGUGUCCCUUCCCCCACCUUUCCCAAAUUUUAUUUUGGGGGGUGGGGAGGAGGAAAUGGGGACCCCUCCUUUUUUUUUCUUUUUUUUU